AUGGCAGCCAUCACCUGCUGUGUCACUGACCCGUCUGGCACAGCCUCACAUUUUAUCACAACCAUGGGGGACAUGAAAGGCUGCGUGGAACGCCUUGAGAGGAUUAAAAAGGUCCUUGACGAAUUCCCUGAUGCCAUAAAAUACCAAAAACGCAGCAUGGACAAAACAGAAGUUACGCUCAAUGAACUCUGCAACGCCAGCGAUGUCGAUGCCACAGUUAAAGCCCGAAUAUUUGAAUACAUCCAGCGCCAUCAAGCCAACCGAUGUGAAAUGGAACAUCAACAUGUUGAGAGCCAUCGCACCUACCGAAGCGAAUCCGAAAAGGAAUGCCAUGGCAGUUGCAGUGAGGAGGAAAAUGAGCGCCUCUAA